UUUUAACCCCCCUCUCUCUCUCUCUCUCUCUCCUUGACGGAGAACGGCUCUCUCCGCGACGGUGCUCCCUCUCUCAGACGGAACGGCUCUCUCUUUCAAGGGGAACACCUCUCUGUCUCUCUCCUCCACAGCAGACGGCUUGGGUCUUCAACCUCUAAAAGGUUUUUGAAAACAGAGAUCGAAACCCUAAAAAAGAAACUCUCGAAGAUUCACUGUCCUCUUAAUCUAAUCUCUCAAAGGUGAAAACAGUUAAGGAAAUGGCUGAGGGAGAUGAGGACUUGCCGAGGGAUGCAAAGAUUGUAAAGUCACUGCUGAAAUCUAUGGGUGUUGAGGACUAUGAACCUCGUGUUAUCCACCAAUUUCUAGAACUGUGGUAUCGAUAUGUAGUUGAUAUAUUGACAGAUUCACAGGUCUACUCUGAGCAUGCUGGAAAGGCUGCCAUAGACUGUGAUGAUGUCAAGCUUGCCAUUCAGUCAAAAGUCAAUCUUAGCUUCUCCCAACCACCACCACGAGAGGUCCUACUAGAGCUGGCUCGAAACCGGAACAAAAUACCAUUGCCAAGGUUAAUAGCUGGUCCUGGUAUUCCACUCCCGCCUGAACAGGACACACUGCUCAGCCCCAACUACCAACUUGCAAUCCCAAAGAAGCAACCUUCCCCUGCAGUUGAAGAAACAGAGGAGGACGAAGAGGGUGUUGAUCCCAAUCCCUCACAAGAACAGAAGACAGAUAUGCCACAACAUACUCCUCAAAGAGUGUCCUUUCCUAUCACAAAACGCCCCAAGUGAACCUUUUGAACUGUGUAAGAGCAAUUAGAUCCAUUGGUCUUAAGCAAUAGAAAAAACAUCAACAUGUCCACCAUAAUGUUGAUUUCUUUUGGAAUGAAGUAUGACAAAAUAAUUUGUUUGAUCCA